AUGGCUCCCAUGAAGGCUUCUAUAGUCUUCCUCGGCCUACUGCCGCUGGCAGUAUUCGCACAGACAAAUGACACCUUGGGACUUGGGAACGGCUUCAUACCUCUCAAAACCACCAACUUCAAUGCCCAAAUCGUUCGUGAUUCUCAGGUUCUUGCUUCCCUCAAGCCGAACGGCGACGUCUUUGACUUUCUGCCAUUCGACUACAUUGGUAGAAGAGCCAGGAACGGACAAUAUCACUGGGGUGACGUUACCUUCCGUUAUCGAGCCGAGGGCGAGACGGCCUGGAUCGACGGGGAUUCGGCAGCGCAGCGCCGCCCUGUAGUCAGUGCAGAGUCACCAUCGCAAAACACGCUCGCCUCGUCCAAUCUCGCCCCGACCCUGCCCAAUAGCCCCUUGAAUAUCACCAGGCAGUGGAUAGAAGUGGACGGUGAUCUCGGCCUUCGUUUCAUCAUCGAGAACUCAGGAUCUGCCAGGAUCGAGCUGGGAAGCUUGGGGUUUCCUGCAGAAUUCAAUAGCAUAUUCACUGAUCGCCAUGCCGCCGAUAUGCAGCGCUUAUGCUCUCUCUCUGACCCGUACAUCGGCAUGGAUGCUGGCCAGAUCAGGGUUGGCCCGGUGAGCGGCAGCGGAGCAGCACUUGUAGUCACUGCUCUGGAUUCCACCCCAAUGGAGGCAUAUCGCAACCUGCAAGAGGGUGGUUACGAAGGCACUUGGUAUGGAAGUCAAACCUUUGAGGGGUUUUACGAAUGGCAGACGCUCUCCAAAGCAUGGGCGGAGAACGAGUGGCGCAACACAAAGCCUUGGAACCCUGCAUCUUCCCGGACCCUAGAUCCAGGAGAGACUGUGCAGUUUGGCCUGCGCUUCUCUGUUGCCAAGGAGGGCGUCAGGGGCCUUGAUGCUACCGUAAGGUCGGUCGGAAUUCCCACUGCCGUGGGCGUCCCUGGCUUCAUUGUCUCCUCGGGAGAGCCCGCGCAGCUGUUCUUAGACUCAAAGGCUGAGGUGACGUCCAUCACUUCUGACCCUGCCGAUAUGCUUCAGGCAGUUCAAGACUCGCCGAGGAAAUACACCGUAACCCCAUCACCUAUGGCUUGGGGUCGGGUGCGUUUAGAUGUGCGAUACGCCAACGGGAGGAUUCAGACUGUUCACUACUACGUCACCAAGCAAUACACCCAGGUCGUCGCAGAUCUCGGGCAUUUUGUCACUACGGAACAAUACUACACCAACAAAUCCGACCCUUUCAGCCGAGCCCCUUCCGUCAUGACUUUUGACUACGAGACACGAUCAAUAGUAGAACAGGACUCACGGGCGUGGGUAGCCGGUCUCAGUGACGAAGCGGGUGCCGGCUCGUAUCUGUCUGCGUUUAUGAAACAGAGCAUACAGCCCAACGCAGAAGAGGUGACUAAGCUCGAAGCAUUCGUGGAUGGUGUUCUCUGGAAAUCCCUUCAAAGAAAUGACUAUGGAGUCAAAAAGAGCAUAUUCUUUUACGAGCCCGCGUUGGUGCCUGGCUACAUAUACAGCCCCAGCCUGGAUUGGACAUCGUGGACUAGUUGGAACAAGGCCGGAGCCGAUGAUAUUGGGCGAGGUUACAACUACGUUCACGUUUCUGCUGCAUACUGGUCCCUGUACCGCGUUGCUCGUGGUUAUCCCGACCUUACCAAGGCGCAUGCCUGGGACUGGUAUUUGAACCAGGCUUACCAAACAGCAAUCAGGAUAAUGAAGAACGAUGUCUUUUAUAGUGACGUCGGUCUUAUGGGGGAAACUGUCUUUGGAGAGAUCCUGACCGAUCUCAGACGCGAGGGACAAACAAACGAGGCCGACACUUUAUCUACAGCGAUGAAGCAGCGAGCUGCAUAUUGGGAUACGCUACAAGUUCCUUUUGGCUCAGAGAUGGCUUGGGACUCCACCGGACAAGAGGGUGUCUACUAUUGGGCAAAAGAAUUCGGCUUCUCCAAUACCGUGUUAAAGGCUCUCAACAGUGUACUGGGUUAUACACACAACAUACCGCACUGGGGCUACAAUGGCAACUCCCGAAGAUACUGGGACAAUAUAUAUGGUGGCAAGCUGCGUAGGAUAGAACGCCAGAUACACCACUAUGGCAGUGGCUUGAACGCUCUUGUUCUCCUGUCUGCAUUCCGCUCGAACCCUAACGACACAUACUUACUCCGCACCGGCUACGGAGGCACGACUGGGCCCCUUUCCAACAUCAACCAAGACGGCUUCGCGGCGGCGUCUUUUCACUCGUGGCCAGAUACACUCAAAUGGGAUGGUAUCAGCGGUGACUAUGGCUCUGGCUUCCUGGGUCUAGCCCUCGGCUCGGGUACUUAUCUAGUGGAAGACCCAGAGCUUGGUCUUGUUGCUUUCGGCGGUGUGCUAGAGGGAACAAUGGUGAGAACAAAUGAUGCCGUACGCCGCAAGAUUUUUAUUGGACCUUUGAACAUGUUGGUAUCAGUGGAUGCGGGGAUCAUCCAAGACUUCAGCUAUACUCCGGGUAGUCAGAGUGUUUCAUUGACGCUGGCUCAACUCGACUGGGUUCCUAGAGCGUCGAUCACUGUUAUCUGGGUUGAAUCUCCAUCGGGAUCAUCCUCGUUCAGGGUCACGACUUCUGGUGUUGCACAAGUUCGCGGGGGUUGGCAGGUGCCAUUGACAACAGAUCAUGUAGCUGUUGAGGUUGGACCAGCUUGAUUGAUCUGUAGACUUUAGUCUAGAUUUAUUGAGCAGAAUUGGGCCGGGACAUCCAUCAGUCAAGGUACGGAUUCGUGCAAUUUCCACGACUGCUCCCCACACUUGAGUUCCUUAUCAGCCUCUGUUUUUGUUGCCUGGCGGAUGACUUCGAGGCAAGGCAGAGCUAGUUCCCCUAUCUUUAUGGUCAUUGCCCACCCGCGGCCAAGUUGCCAUUCCCAUCUUUGCGCAGCAAUCUCGUCCCCUAUCCUGACCAGGCCCUGACAGUACUGUCCAAGAAGCACAAUUCUGCCACGAGCUCGAAGACUCUGAUCUUCCAUCUGCAUCACGAUGCACCGAGCAACGCCGCCUGCCAACGGCCUGGCCUGUCCGUCUUCACCAAGGAUCCCGGGGAUAGGUUUCCCAUCAUCCCAAAGCUCCUCAUAAUCGGCCUCGACGCCCAAGUCCGGGUUCAACAUGCGACCCUUUUCCAGCGUCGUCCCGUCCGGCUGCGGAAACAUGUCGCCCUCGUCCGCGACCGAGUCCUCAGGAUUGAGCAUCGUGCGCGAGUCGAUCCAGUGCGUCCAUUUGGAGUGGGAUAUGUCCUCGCCGUCGGCGCCUUUGCGGAUCCAAGACUCCGAGCUCCCGGCGAUGGCCCAUUCGACACUGCAGACGGGCACGCGGCUGACCCCUCCUUUCUCAUGGUCGGAGGGGAGCGGGAGCAGCACGCGCAAGUCCACGAACCGCCGGCCUGGCGAGGUGACGACGAUGGUGGACGUGGGCUCUGCUGCUGGUGCUGGGGGCCAGCGAAUGUGUUUUCUGAUGGAGAUGCUGCCCAUUUUUGAGUGUGCGGGUAUUUUGUGCUGUAGAAAAAAAAAAGGAGUGCGCGCUAUGUGAAGUUUGAGGAGGGAGAGGUACCUGUGGUUAGCGUAGUCGCUGAGUAUU